GAAUUUUAUUCUAGGUUAUAAUGGACGAUCAACACCAGCACCCAACUAUUGUUCAGAAGGUAGCCAACCAGCUAUAUCUGCGUUCUAGUCUCUCCCAGACCCAGAGUGUUCAAUCUCACCAUGGAGGCUUUCAAAGAUCUGCGUAUCAGAGGCAAUUUGCAUAUGGCAAUCAUACAAAUGCUGGACUGCAGUAUCCUAUGACUUGCAGAGCCACCAAGGAUCUGUCAUUGAUUUCUGAAAAUGUUUCGCCAGUAUUUGUCCAGGCUCCCUCAGAAAAAGGUUUCGUUGGCUUUGCCAUUGACUUUCUCAUGGGUGGAGUUUCGGCUGCUGUGUCAAAAACAGCUGCUGCCCCUAUUGAACGUGUGAAGCUUUUGAUCCAAAAUCAAGACGAAAUGAUUAGGGCUGGUAGGCUCUCUGAACCAUACAAAGGAAUUGGUGAUUGUUUUAAGAGAACAGUGCAGGGUGAAGGUUUUGGAUCACUGUGGAGAGGAAACACUGCUAAUGUCAUUCGUUACUUCCCCACUCAGGCCUUGAACUUUGCAUUUAAGGACUACUUCAAGAGGCUUUUCAACUUCAAGAAGGACCGUGAUGGCUACUGGAAAUGGUUUGCUGGUAACCUUGCAUCCGGUGGUGCCGCUGGUGCUUCCUCGCUAUUCUUUGUCUACUCCUUGGACUAUGCUCGUACCCGGCUUGCAAAUGAUGCCAAGGCUGCAAAGAAGGGAGGAGGUGGGAGGCAGUUCGAUGGUUUGGUCGAUGUCUACAGAAAGACCCUGAAAUCUGAUGGCAUUGCUGGGCUUUACCGUGGAUUCAACAUAUCUUGUGUUGGUAUUAUCGUGUACCGUGGUUUAUACUUUGGAAUGUACGACUCUUUGAAGCCUGUGUUGCUGACCGGAAAGUUGCAGGUUAGUAUUGUCAAAGGAUAA